AUGAGUAAAAUUUAUAAACAAAUGCUUAACAAUAGAAUUAUACAAAUAAUUGUUAUAACAUGGCUAAUACAGCAGCAACAGCAAUUAACAAUGUGUAUUGCUGCUUGGCAGCCGCUGCAGGCUUUGGCAACAAAUCCUGCUUUAAAACUAGAAGAUGGCGUACAAGUGCAGCAAAAACAACAUCAUGUCAGAGAUGACAUUUUACAUAAUAGUACUAGCAUUAGUAAUAGCAGUACUACUACUACUACUCAUACAACUGCUGUGGCUGCAGCAAACAACAAAUUAAAUGUCAACAACACUGAUACCCAAAUGACCCUAAAGCUUAAAGAUGCAACAGCUAGAAAUGUUUAUACUAAAUAUUAUAACAAAACAUUGUUAUUGGCACCCGUUACGAAGACAGAAAAUAACGACAGCAGCAAAAGGACCUCCACUAACAUUAUAACAACUACAAAUAAGCCAACUAAACCAGCUGAAACUGUAAAGAUUAGUGUCAAAUUAACUAGCACAACUGAAACAUUUGCUGACGGUCAGUUAUCUACAGAAAUAAUAGGAGCUCUUGAGACCCAAACAACUAAUAAUGCUGCAAAUAACCAAACCAACAACCCAAAUCAUCAUCAUCAUCAUCAUAAUAAUACACCUGCAUUAUUAAAUAUAACACAUUUUACUUCUAACAUUACACGUCCCUAUAUAAAGCUUAAACGAAAAACCUUGAUAACAAUGACCACUGCUGCUCCCGAUAUCCCCAAACUGUCAUCUACAGCUACUAGAAAAACUGUAGCAAAAGUAAACGUGAAAAAUGAGAUAAGAGAUAAUACAGAAAAAGGAUUGAAUUCAAGGAUUUUAAAGGAUUUGCCAGGAAAAUAUGUUGAAAAAGCAGCAGCCUUUGUAGACUUAAUUGAAAAAGAUAAAAACCAGCUAACUGCCAACGAAGACAGUAGUAGUACAACAACCACAAGAGCACAAAAAUUACACAAAAAGUUGGAAGAGGAAAAAGGUGUUCAAAUGGAAGAGAAGGUGAGCGUGCUAAAGGAAGAAGAAAAUGAGGAUUUAGCAAUUACUUUAAAAGACAAAAACAUUAAUGAAAAUAACGCUUUUGCACCAAAAGCUUCAGUUAUACAAGAGCACUCCUUAGCAGCUUUUAAUCUAAGUUCUCAGAUGUCAAAAUCUAAAGAUAAAGAAUCCUCUCAGGAGGAAUCAAAAGCUGCUCAGCUCUCUUUAGAAACUUUAGAUUUAUUGCCCCCGAAAAGUUUAAGUAAAAAUAUCAUAUCCAAAGAGCUUACAGGCCAAAGCAUUAGUAAAAUGAGCCAUACAAAAGCUAUUAUAACAAAAGCUUUAGAGGAGCAAGAGCUUUACCCGGAAUCCUUAAGCUUAGAAACUCAAAGUUCUGUUUCUAAAGGUAAAAAUUUCUCUAGUGACAAUAUAAAAGCUUGUGCAAACAAAGAAAUAUCCUCAAAAGCUUUGCAGGUAUUGUCAAAGUCUAAUGAGCUUAUAAAUGAUACAAAAGAUGUUGCGGCAGAAGCUCCUGAGCUUUCUCUGAAAGUUAAUAAUCAGAGUUUAGAUUCUGAAAGUAAAAAUCUGUACGGAGAGAACACAAAAGCUGCUACCCAGGAAAGUUAUUCUGAAACUUUAAAGUUAAUGCCAUCAGAGUCGGGGGAAAGCUAUAAAGAUCAUUCAAAAAGCUUUCUUAAAGUUAUUGACUCUAAACCUCAAGUAAAUUUUAAUGCAAAAAUGUUAAGAUCUCAAAAAUUAGACUCUAGGGAGAACACAAAAACUGCCGCCAAAGAGAAACUUCAGUCAGAAACUUUCUUGUCAAAACAGUUGGAACAUACAAAUAAAGAUCUUGGUGAAAGCUUUCGAAAAGGUGUGGAUCACAAAGCUCUCCAAAAUACUAAUGAAGAUUUAUCAAAACAAUCUUCUAAUCAUGAGAACAAAGAUCUUGUAAAAAGCUUUCCAGAAGUUGUCUCUUAUCAAAAUUUAACUGGUGAAGAAGAGAGUUCCCAGAAGUCUGGCUUUAAAGGUAUAAAGCUUUCGGAACAGAUAGAAAUACCUGCUGAUUUAAAAGCUAAUACAGAAAGCUUAGAAAAAGAAAGUAAUGAAAAAGCUUUAAAACUUUUGCAACCACCCACUAUUGAUGAAAUUAAAAACAUUACAGAUAUCAACAAUCAGAAACUAAAACUAACAACAAUUAAAGCUAAUCGACAAACUCUAGCAAAACAAAAACAACAUUCCUUAAGUUCUACUUUUCAAAGAGAAAAACGUUUCAAAACAAAAAUCUUAAACCCAGAAAACAUCACACAAACUUUAGCAAAUCUUACGAAACCACAAAUAGAAAAUAACACAGAAAGUUCCCACGACUAUACCGAAGACAACACAAAAACUGAACAGCAACAUAUGGCUCCUACGGCAAUUACCGAUACCAUAACAAGAUCUAAAAUCGAGUCCCUAACACCAAAUCAUACAAAAUCAAUUAUUGUCGUUGAAAACAAAAAACAAAAUAAAUCUAGAAAUGAAAGCGUUGAAUUGGAAACAGCGGAUGAACGUAAAUUAAAAUUUACUGAUGAACAAAAACAAUUGGCAAUCAAUACAACUACAGCAGGAACAACAGCAACUACUAAAGGAAAUGGCAAUAACAUGACGGCAAUUGAGAAUAAAAUGAAUAAUAAACAGCUGGCUGCUAAGGAAAGGCAGUCAAAAGAUGACAAUAAAAACGAAAAUAUUCAACUUAUUGAUGAGGAACAUGUUGUCAGUGAAAUUAAUGGCAUUAAUACGAUGAUGACAACAGCCCCAACAGGAGGGGAGGAGAAAACAACAACAACUUCUAAAACAUACUUAAUCACAACUCCUACAACUGUUGUUGAAACGUCAGCCACAGCAGUGGCAAAACAAAUAUUGUUGGAAUCACCAACAACAUUGGCACAACCCAUCACCACCACCACCCUCUCUACAUCAUCACCAUUUUCUAUAUUUACUGAAAGCCUUCAAAAUACUACCGUAGCCAACUCAUUUAGCACUACUAAUGGACCCUUAUCAAUACAUGAUUUAGUUAAUACUAGAUUAAACACAGUUAGUAUUGAUAGCAAAACUAUACCAACUACUUAUACAACAACAACACUAAUGCAAUUAGUUUCUACAACAUCAACCGCAACAUUACCACCAUUUUCCUAUAAUUCUACUUUAACAACAUCUCUUACUUCACCACCACCCUCACUAUCAUCAUUAGUAUCGUCGGCAUCAUCUGCUGCGGCCACUUCUAUGUCUAGUUUAUAUAGCAACAACUUUGCCACUACUUCCACCACUACCACACCCUCUUGGCCCGUCAAACAUGCCUCCGUAAUGGAGGGUAACGUUAUUUUAGGCGGUCUUAUGAUGGUUCACUCACGUGAGGAUAGCAUUACCUGCGGCCCCAUUAUGCCUCAAGGUGGUAUUCAAGCUUUAGAGGCCAUGCUUUAUACUUUGGAUCAGGUUAAUAAACAACAAUUGUUGCCCAAUAUUACAUUGGGUGCUCAUAUCUUGGAUGAUUGUGAUAAGGAUACUUAUGGUUUGGAAAUGGCUGUGGAUUUUAUUAAGGGUAAGUGA